GCCGCCGCUGUAGCUGGCAUCAGUGACGAGCGAGUCCUCGCACUGUUUACGAGCGGCUUUUUUGGUGGCUUCGUUUUUGCCCCGGAGUGGCUGCUGUUGACAGCUGCUGGGGGAAGAAUUCUACCCGUGGGGUAUACCGGUCCGUAUCUCCUGAGCCAAAGCGAGUGAUGGGAGAGCUCAUUAAGGAAAUGAUGACCCAGGCUUUAUGAGAGUGGGCCACACGGCUCAAACCCUCUGGCGGCGGGCGCAUGUCUCCGACUCACGCCUCCAUCCCGUGGGCACCUGCUUUUUCGGCACAUUCAUGAUUCUAGACAAGCACAUUGCAAUUGAGUCAGAAGUGGCCGAGCCCGGUCGGCGAGCUACUAGUUGGAUUGACUACGGCUUUGGGUCGGAUGAGUCCUCAUUCGCGGGCUGUCACCGAUUCCAAAUCACAAGAAUUGAAGGUAGUCGCGGGGAAGGCCCGAGCAAGACAGACCCAAGCGCCGAAAGCCAGGUGCAGAUUGGGCUCCAAUCGUUCCAGUGCAACCCGCAGACAAAUGUUCCUUUCGGCUCUGAAAUUCUGAAACAGUUCCAUUACCAGUACGCGAGGUUGCUCUUUGCCAAUGGAAUCCAAUCCGUGUUACUACGGGGAACCUGAGCACUCCCUCUGAUGACCGUAUUCAAUGCCUACGGCUGGUCCGAGGGACUUGUAAAUGACUAGGAGUUCAGCCUUCUUUAUCAUCGAGUGCAAUAGCCCACCCCACUCUAAUUGACGAUUACCCAGCAUCUUGGAGCUUCGUAUAGCUAAUCCUGAAAUCAUCCUAUCUUACUAUAAUUACACAAAGCUAUUUCACAAAGAACAUGAAUGAAAAAUCA